AUGUGGAAACUUGUCAAGGUCAAUCCUUCACCCAAAGAAUGUCCUUUAACAGAUUGCAGCCAGUUGAGACCCAUAUCGCUUACAAACAUCAUAAUGAGACUCUUUGAAAGGGUAAUUUAUAAACAGGAGAUUGCGUCUGCAUUCAAAUCUGUGGUCGGACAGAACAAAUUUGCAUAUAAAGAAGGAACCAGUACAACUGAUGCAUUGAUCAUGUGUUUACAUCAUUGGCUUGAGUGGUUAGAUGAAGGUGCAGACUAUGUUCGGGUAAUAUAAUUUGAUUUCAAGAAAGCUCUCGAUUCGGUCUCAUAACAUUAUCUGUAAAAAACUGAAAACACUUAAAAUUAACCCUUAUGUUACAAACUGGAUCAUUAGUUUCUUGGCUAAAAGGAAACAAAAAGUUAAUGAUGGUAGUUGAUGGCACAGAGACAAUGUACGUUGAUAUUAACAAAGGUGUACCGCAGGGUACGCCGGUACGGUUUUUGGCCCGUUUCUAUUUUCGCUGAAGGUAAAUGACGUAAAACCCGUAGAUGCGAAAAACAACCGUUUGGUCAAAUUUGCUGAUGAUAUAACGGCAAGUGCCCCAGUAAAAUCAGGAUUGGAUUCUGCAUCCGCUGAGGUUGAAGGAAUUCAGAAUUGGUCGGAAACAAAUCAAAUGACAUUAAAUAUUUCUAAAACGUGGGAAAUGGUUGUACAGAGUGGGUCAACGAAAUCCUUACCAACACCGAUUGUAGGCAUUGAACAAAAGAGUUGGUUAAAAUUAUUGGGUACCACUUUUCAGGAUAAUCCAUGCUCUUGGGAUCUUCAUGUUACAGUAACUAUCUACUGUCCAAGGCGAGCGGGCGUAUGUAUAUAUUAAGGGUAUGUAGGUGCUAUGGAUACUCCAGAGUUCACCUAUGACAUUUUACAAUGCAUUGUAUUGAAGUAUGGGGUUCAGCAAUUCAAAAGAAAUAUCUAGAUCGUAUAUAGACAAGUUCCUUCGCCGGGCUUAUUGUUAUGGAUAUACGACAAAAUGUAUUAAGGUAUCUGAAUUUAUUGAAGAGAGAGAUAGAACGUUAUUCAGUAAAAUUGUAUCUAAUCCAAGACAUCCCCUGUAUGAAUUGCUUCCUGAGCGUAAACAAAGGACCACGAAUUAGAACAGAAAGAUUCAAACGAAUAUUGUAUAUGUAUAUAUUUUUGUAUAUUUUUAACUAAUGUAGAUUUCUAGUUAUAGAUCGAUGAGAAUAGAUAAUGGACAAGUAUAGCUACAUUUUAACUGUAAAUUACUGCAAAUAAUUUGGAAUUUGUAAAGUUGCACGUCGGUUGUGACUUUUUGAUAACAAAGAGUUUUACUUAAAAGCAUCUCAAAAAGUAUCUUAAGUAAUCUUAAAAUUGCUUAAAACAGUUAAGUAAAAUUUAAUAAUAAUUUAAUUUAAUACUAUAAUUUAAUACUAUAAUUUAAUUUUAAAUUAUAGUAUUUUAAGUAAAAUUUAAGAUAAAUAAAAGUACAAUGGACAAGUAACCUCCGACGUUAAGACAAAAACCAAAGAUCCAAAACGUGUAGAAGCUGGACCUUCACUCGUUAAAAUUAGCCAGGCAGCAAAAGCUGUGAAGAAACAGCGUCAUGCAGCGAGAACUUGAGGGAUCAGCCGAGGAAGAGCCGCAGGGAUCAGCACAGGCGUCAGCCGGAGCGGCAAGCGCUAGAGCGCAAUGAACCAACCAGCCGAUGAGGGUGACAACAGACAAAGACCGAGGCAAGCGCUGUACGCAGGCACACCAAACCGAAUCCAAAGGAAAAACCUAAACCAACACCUGCAUUCGAAAUUGACUUAUUUGACUAACAAGCCGGAUCGCUUACGGCUGACGUCGGUUUAAAACAAUGUAAGUUUAAAUUAAAAUAAAAAGAUGCGUUGUCUGUACGAAUGUGAGUUUGAUAUCAUCCCAGAAUAACCACAGGUCGACCAUCCAAACGAAUGGAGGGAAGACCAAGACGAACUACCAGUUCUUACAGAGAACUACAUCGCCAUUAUUAACGGCUUGCUCCAACUUUUAGAUCCAGAAGAUGUUGAUUUCCUUGGUGAUAUAUUGCUCGAAGAAAAUUACGAAGAAAAUGAGGAUUUUAUUAGAAUUGUUGAUAUAUUAUCUUACACAUUUG